AUGUGGAACCGUAAUCACUUAUGUUUCUGUGCCCUUCCGGGACCUUUGCUCUUGGGGGAAAGGUGUCAAGAAGUCGAGGCUCAGAAACUCGACCUCUGUCAGGAAAUCCGGAAGCUAAACCGUCAGCUCGAGACACAGAGCAAACUGCACAUCCAGACUCUACAGACCAGCAGCGACCACAUUGGAAGACUAGAGGGGGCAAUCGUACAGCUGGAGGCAGAGACGAUAAGGACAGGCUUCGGGGAAGCUGCUCUGAAGGAGAUAGUGGAGGAUGUGAGGGUGAUCACUGAGUUAGAACUCAGACGAUUUCAGGAGAACCUGGUCCAGAUCCAGGAACAAAAGCUGGUGGCUUUGAAGGCACAGAUGAGCAGUGAUCGAAUCCUUUGGGAACGUGAGCAGACUGAGAACUUCCACCUUCAGCAGCACAUAGAGAGUCUGAUGAGCCAGGACACCUCAAUGCGAAGCAAGGUCCGUGUCAACGAAGUUAAGCAUCUUUCGAAGCCUGUGUCUCAGUCGGACUGCCUGGACCAACCUGUCAGACAGGCUUCUCUGCUUCCAACAGGAAGACACGAGUUUCAAAUAAUCCAGCAUUAUCUGCAAAGUGUGCGACGAGCGUGUGAAAAUCAGCUCAGGUCAGAGGAGCAACUCCGUGAGAUGUUAAUGGAAACCUUUUAUCAGGAACACCAGGACAAUGAACGUGGCUUAAAGGCAUUGGACGAACAAUUCCAGACCCUGCAGGUGGAGGUACUUGAGAAAAUGCAGGAAACCGAAGCGUUGAGCUCAGUGCUACCUUCCCUGAAGGAGAAGAUGGAUGCAUUGAAAGUGCAGCUGGACAACGCGGAGACCAGGUUACGUAAGGAGUGGACUGCCUCGGGCUGGAGGAGCUCGGUGAAGGAGCCACCUCGGCUAUGGGGACCCCCAAACCCGAGCGCAAACCACCCUGCUCGCGCGGCACGGGAGGAGGGCGAGGAGGAGGUCGGCGUGGGUAAGGUCGCCGAGCAGCUUGACAUUCGAUCGGUCGGACCUGUGGUCUCAGCAGCUGUCGGGGUGACCUCUGAGCGAGAUGGGAAAAUUGUCCAGGAUCCCCCAAUGUCUUUGGCUGAAGGCUCGGCCUCCGGGAGGACUUCAAGUGAAGAAACAUCCGACAAACCAGGGGAGCAAACCUUCCCGACAAGAGGCUAUCGAGUGUGUAGCUUUGUCCAACCUGAGACUGAGAGCGAAGCCUCGAUCGGCCCUGUCACCAGCGUCCAGAUAGUGGAGGUCAACACCAUGGGCCAUUUUGUCCGUCUCUUCAACACCUCUCACGAUAAGGAGGUGAUCCUCAGCGGCCACUUUAUACAGCAGAGUGUCAACAGCCACCCCAUCGCUCUGUAUCGUUUCCCAACUCCCACAUUGCUGCCAGCACAACAGUACCUUACGGUCUGGGCAGCAGCAGCUAAAGUUUCACACAGUCCACCUUCGGACUUCUUGUGGAGAGAACUGGAGAAGUUCAGAACAGGCCCAGACUGUACCACAACUCUUUGUAAACCAAAUGGACAGGUCGCUGUCUGGCACACACCCCGCCACACAUUCUCCGCCGCUGCCAACUCCUUUGACGACAGGGAUGAUGCUUCAGAGGAGGAGUGGGUCGGUCUGCCCCUGGCCGACCAACAGAUACCUCGAGAGCGUUACUCCCGGAGCCAGGAGGUGAACAAAAGCGGUUUGACUCCCGCUCUGGAGAACACAGGCUCAGCUGCAACUUCAAUCAACCUUAAGCUGGGCAAAGCCCUCUUACUGAAAAGGGGGAAAAGUGCACCUACUUUGCUUUCAUCAAAAGGUAAACGUCUUCAGACCAAAGCUUCCAAUUGGACUGAACGCAGCACCUUGCGAUGUCACAGCGCGGCAGUGAUGGACUGUGGCUCCCUUCUUUAUUCCAGCCUCAGGUCUGUGACAUCUGAUUCUCUCCCAGGUUUGAAGAGUUCGGAUGUUUACUCUCCGCACUCCACAAUUCAGACUUUAAGCCGAUUCAGCACUUUGGAGGGACCGACUAGAAACGCCAGGUUGGAGGCAGAUUGUUCACGGACUGCGAGGAGCGCGCAGACAAAGCACCGAUUCCGCCCGGCCAGUGACGUGCCCGCCUCCACUUGCGUUCGCAUUGCCUGGCGAUGAGGAAGCCGCUGCAGGAUACCUCGUGGGGCACAGACACUGACCCAUUGCUUCCAUUACCUUGUUUUACUUCUUAGUUCUCUCCCUUGACGAUUCUCUCCAGUGUGAAGUGAUGACAUGCUCUGUGUUGCUGAUCACUCUGCCCUCUGAGACCCUACCCUUGUGUGAAGGGCGCUAGAUAAAUGCAAGCUGUUGUUGACCACUGUGUUCCGAUGGUCUGGGAGUAUAACCUAUUAAUAUUUCAGCACAGCUUCCGAGGAUCUUAUUCUGGAACCCAAACUGUGCACAGUUGAUCAAACUGAGUGUUAUCCUAGACUUCUGAACAGCAUCAGAGGAACACAGUAAUCAAAACUGUGAUGUGCCGAGUUAAAUGUUAAUUUGGACUUGACAUGGGCUGAUCCAUAUCUGUGGGACUUUUUAAUGGUGUUAUUUCUCGACUCAUUUAGUUUGGUCAGUUAGUUGACACUGUUGAGCGUACAUUUAGAUUUUCCUUACUAUCGUAGUGCUCUCCUGUUAAUAUUAGUACUGGAUU